AUGUUUCUCUCCAGUGCCUGCCUCUCUUCGCAUGGCAACCGUGUCUGUGACAGAGUAGAAGACCUCCAGAGGAUGAGCUCCCUGGUCAGCACCUCGCACCUCCAGCUAGCUGCCUUAGCUCUGGGUACGGUAGGCUGGAUCCUGUGCACUGUUUCAAUGGGAACUGUGGAAUGGAGAGUGUGGCACUUGGACAACACCACCGUCAUCUCCUCUGGCAUUGCCUGGGUGGGGAUUUGGAAAGUCUGCUUCAUCAGUUACCUUCACGUCUCGCCCGGCUAUAAAGAACAGUUCUGCCAUAAAUUCAGUGGCUAUGACUCCUCCAUCCCCCCUGAAAUUUAUGCUGCUCAGGGUCUCCUGUUGAUCGCCAUGUUCAUGGGCUUGCUGGGACUGACUGCCACGAUAUUUGCUCUGAGAAAUAUUUAUAUGGGGAUCACUCACAAAACUCUCAUCACCCGUUUCUUCCUGGUGGGUGGCUGCUUCUACUUAUUGGCUGGUCUGUGCAUCCUGAUUCCCGUGAGCUGGAAUUUCUAUUCCGUAACACACAACCAGAGCAUCACUUUUCCUCCUUCUUACCACAUGCCCUCCAGCCCAGCGGCCCAGGAGGCUGGUGCUGCCAUUCCUAUGGGGGUUGUAGCUGUCAUCCUCCUGCUGCUAAGUGGGACUUUUUCUCUCUCCUACAGAUUUCCAGUGACCACAAACGUUAUUGUGAAAUCCUGA